UAAAAACUAUUAGGCAGGGGAUUGGCUGUUGGCGGCAUUGCCUCUAAGCUCGUGUGCGGCAGCGGAGUCGGCAGAGGUUGCAGCGAGAGAGUUUGGCGCGAUGUCUCACACCAUUUUGCUGGUACAGCCUACUAAGAGGCCAGAAGGCAGAACUUAUGCUGACUAUGAAUCUGUGAAUGAGUGCAUGGAAGGUGUUUGUAAAAUGUAUGAAGAACAGGGCCUCCCCGAACAUCUGAAGAGAAUGAAUCCCAACAGUCCUUCUAUCACAUAUGAUAUCAGUCAAUUGUUUGAUUUUAUUGGUGAUUUGGCAGACCUCAGCUGCCUUGUUUACCGAGCUGAUACUCAGACAUACCAGCCUUAUAACAAAGACUGGAUUAAAGAGAAGAUCUACGUGCUUCUUCGUGGGCAGGCCCAACAGGCUGGGAAAUAGUUGCGCUGGAAGCAUUUGGGGGAUGGGGGUGGGCUUGGAACACAGGUGUGUACAGCGUGCUGUAGUGGAAGUUUUGUAUUAUAGUAAUCCUGUUUCCAUUUUGGUACAUUCUAGCCAGGAUUGAAUGUAUUAGAUGAAAUGCGAGGAUCUUGUUCAAUCUGAAACCCCCAUUGCCUGCCUCCUUCCCAUCCCCUUUUUUUACUUAAACAUUUUUAUGAUGUUUUAGAUGGAGGUUGUUCUUUGUCAGUUAAUGUUGGUUGCAGUCCUUCAAACUGUUCAUAUCUGCUUAUUAAUAUUCACUGUACUAACCAUUGGGGGGAGGUGAUCGGGGGGUGACACUUCAGUUAUGUCCUCAAGAUAAAGUCUUAGUGAAAAACAAAUAAAUGUUCUUUAGUUAUAAAAAAAAA